AUGGCUCCAGUAAUAUGGGGUUUGAAACUCGCGGAUAUGCAAUGGGGAAAGUUCAAGGGAGGAUACAUGUUCAACCAAGUCUACCAUCUCCGCAGAACAAAGAUGAUUGUCUAUCAAAUCGCCAUGAUAACGUGUGUUUGUUCCGAAUCUGUAGGGACUGCUGCUCUAAGUGAUUAUCUUGAUCAACGAGACGGCAUACAAACCCGCUAUGGUCUACACACUUCGGUGAGAGAUAUCAUUGGAAUUUUCUCAUUCAACAUUUUUGUUGGUAUAGCAGUUGCUACAAUUUUUGGUUCCGGAUUCUUCUUCGAUCUUUUCUGGCCCGAACGUGUGGAAAGCCUCGCGGUGCGGAAGGCAUGGAAGAUGUGUUCGCUUUUGAUGUGCUUCUUAACUUUGGCAGAUGCUAUCGCUCUUACAGUCAUUGUAGCCACUCAGCGUGCAACCAUCGAUGGAUUGACAAACUCAGAAGCCCAAAGAUAUUUUGAUUCAAAUGGUCCACCAAACCCCAUAUACCGCAAAAAUGCAUACUGCAUUGCAUCCACUGUACUUUUGUGGAUCGGUGUGGUAGGCACAAUCGCCAGUUCAUAUAUCAUGUGGAGAUCUAUCAACCAUAACCAAACCAACGGUGUUUUCGCUGCCAACCACCAACCUGCUGUCACCGUACAUCCUCCGGUCGUUGACCUUGAUGCUGACCCUAAUAGCCAUGAAAUGGGCGAUAUGUCUGGUGGAUCGACUUCACCUACAACUGCUGGAAAAGCUCCUACCGGCAGAGCUGAUGAACCGGCUCGCAUAAACCUAGAGGACAUAUAG